AAUGCCCAGCCCAAACACAUAAGCCCAUGAUUACCAUCCAGGGAAUUUAGGGUUUUAAGGCACUCUCACUGGUGCUGUUCCUGCUCUCGCAGCGCUCCAUAGGCAUUUGGCCGGCUCACGGGUUGAAAGAAGAAAGACGUACACGUUAAAAAAUGAGUAAGCUGCAGAGUGAUGUUGUGAAGGAGGCUAUCUCACAGAUUAUUGCUGAUUCUCUAGAGAAGAAACGUAAGUUCACUGAGACAAUUGAGUUGCAGAUCGGCCUGAAAAAUUACGAUCCUCAAAAGGACAAGCGAUUCAGUGGUUCUGUGAAGCUACAACAUAUUCCACGCCCUAAAAUGAAAGUUUGCAUGUUGGGUGAUGCACAACAUGUUGAAGAGGCAGAGAAGAUAGGACUUGAUUACAUGGACGUUGAGAGUUUGAAAAAGAUGAACAAAAACAAGAAGCUCGUCAAGAAACUUGCUAAGAAAUACCAUGCUUUCCUAGCAUCAGAAGCUAUCAUUAAGCAGAUUCCUCGCCUUCUUGGCCCUGGUCUUAACAAGGCAGGAAAGUUCCCCACGUUGGUUACUCACCAAGAACCUUUGGAGUCUAAGGUAAAUGAGACAAAGGCAAUGGUGAAAUUUCAACUCAAGAAGGUUCUUUGUAUGGGUGUUGCCGUUGCCAAUGUUGGCAUGGAGGAGAAGCAUAUUUUUCAGAAUGUGCAAAUGAGUGUCAAUUUGCUCGUGUCUUUGCUGAAGAAAAACUGGCAAAAUGUGAGAUGCUUGUAUCUGAAGAGCACAAUGGGGAAGCCUUAUCGCGUUUUCUAGGCGUUUUCCCAAAUAUCCGUAAUCAAGCUCGGAUGGAAGAGAUCUUAGUUAAAAAAUUUUGGUUCAUCAAUCAGUAGGUAAGGAUAGGCAUUGGACAUUGAUUUCAGUCAUUUUAAUCUUGAGUUAUCUUCAAAACCAAUAUUAUGUUCUUGUUGCUUUGUAAUAGUUUGUCGAACCUAAUGAAUCCUCACGAACUUGUUGCAUUUGAUCGGAUGGUUUGUAAACCAA